AUGGGCAAUGCUCUAAUAAUAGUGAGCGAUGAUGUAUGUGAAGAUGGAUGCGCAUUUACAAUCGGUUGGGUUAUGUUUGGAAUUAUUUUUAUGUUGAUUGUAAUCAGUAUUUGCAGCAUCUAUCAUGUUUUUUGCAGUAUCUAUCAUGUUAUUUGCAGUAUCUAUCAUGUUAUUUGCAGCAUCUCUGAUGUUGAUAGACAAAAACAACCAGAAAUAGCAACAAAUGAAAAUAAAAAAGAAUUGUCACAAUGUGAAGAUACAACAGGUAACUUGUAUGAUACUAUUUCAGUGCAUUUUCCGUUGAUUGUUACUAUCGAAAAAAUUCCGAUCCUUCACAACGUUGGUUUAUUUUCGAGUCCGACAUCUCGUACUAGUUGUGUUGUUAGUGUGGAUAUUUAUGCGAUAUCAACUGUUGAAAUAAAUAAAUCAAUUGCUCAAGUUUUUCCAUCGCCUUCAAUCAAAGAACGAGAAUUGAUUUGUUAUUGUGAUGGUAGUUAUUCUCAUUACAAGCAAAUAGGUCAUUCUGGUUUUCGAGCUUCGGAUGGAGAGCAUAGAGUUCGUCUUUAUUAUCCUUGCCAUCCAAAAAAUGGCAGUACUGAGACAGAAGUUCUUGCUGCAUUUCUUGCCAUACAAUAUGCAUUAGAAAAACAUUACAAUACAUUAAUUAUCUAUACGGAUAACUCAAAAGUUGAACAACUUCUUACACGUCCCAAAAAGAAAGAUAAUAUUAAUUAUCCUCAAUUCGGUCAAAUUAUUAAUCAAUAUAAAAACAACAAGAUAAAUAAUCAUGUUAUUAAGGUGGUACGCGUCCGUGGGCAUACAUCCAGAUAUGAACAAAAAAAAUGUAAAACAAACUAUGAAUUUGCCAAAAUUGAUCAAACUGUGAGAAAAAAAACCCGUCAAUGUAAAGCACGAUGGUGGAGUCGAUCCGGGGGAAUCUAUUGUUAUUAUUGGUACGAGCCACUUCGUUAUUCCUAG